AUGCCUGGUAGAAGAAACCAAGGCAGAGGCGGUCAAGGUGGCUGUGGAGGAAGAUCUGCGCAGCAGACUGGUCGAGGGUCUCACGGCAAGAAGGCCGACAGACCGAAGCAAUACUAUCCUCACAAUCCUGACUUCACUCACGAGCAGGUGACAAUAUACUUGCUUAAGGCCAUUGCGCUCAAGAGCUUGGACUACGCUCAAGAUAUGAUCUGGAGUGUGAGAAAUAUGGCCCAUGUGGACUUUGAGGCUUUAAGAGGCACUCAAACGGUCUACAAGCCGGGAAAGAACGACUCCGAGUUCUUCAAAAGUUCAAGACAGGCUCAACUUGAUAGGAACUGGGAAAACCUAAAUGUCAAGAUUGACAAAAGAGAAGUGAUCUACACCACGAACCAAUACACCGUGGCUGCGAUCAUCACCAAGCAUUUCAUCACUCAAGCGAUGAGAGAUAAGUUAAGUCAUCCACCGGGCAGAGCACCAUGGUUCCCAACACAGUGA